GCUGGAAUUCCUUUUCCUCGGGGACGCGCGCCCAAAGCCUGGAAAGAGCUCUAUCUGGCUCAAUCAUAGCGAGAAGGGAGGAGUGGCGUGGCUGCCUUGGCGGUGGGUUGGCCAGCCCGCGGGUCUCAGGCGCCUUCUGGGAGGGAAGAGCAUCUAGGGGGCGUGGUGGGCAGGUCGUGCUCUCGGGCCGUGCCGUAUUUCUCUUUUUCCUUGCGCCGGUCAGGGCUGAAAAGCCUUCCAGGCAUGUGCCGCCUCCGCACGAUUCUGGUUGUAGCCGGAGCUUGAGCGUUGCUACUUCGUGGAGGCUCGCUGUUGAAGCUUCCGUCUUUAUCUACUGGGGUCGCUGGCUCUGGAAGUUCAUCUCUCACGAGGAAAAACAGGAUGAAGGAGGUAAUGUCUAAUAACAGCACAACAAGUAUAUCUCAAGCAAGAAAAGCAGUGGAGCAGCUGAAAAUGGAGGCAUAUCUGGACAGGAUAAAGGUAUCCAAGGCUGCUGCUGACUUAUUGGCAUACUGCGAUGCUCAUAUGGGAGAAGAUCCCCUUAUUAUACCAGUGCCCACAUCUGAAAAUCCAUUCAGGGAGAAGAAGCUCUUGUGUACUAUUCUUUGAAUCACCUUGCAAUUAAAAAUGCCCUUUGUGAAAACACA